AUGCCCCCCCGCACCAACGCCAAGAAGGCCAAGAAGGCCAAGAAGGCCAAGAAGGCCAAGAAGGCCGAAGCUAACGCCGAGGACAAGGCGAACGCCAAGAUCCAGGCCGAGGCGGACGAUACAAUGCCCUCCUUUGACGUGGACGAGAGCGUCGCCGCGGCCGUCCUUGCGCACGUGUCGAGCCCCAGGGACCGCCUCGCGCUGGCGUGCGUGUCUCCCGUGUGGAAGAACGCCGUCACGUCCGAGGGCGCGUGGGGUACCUGCGACCUCGUGCUCGACGGCGAGCUCGGUAAGCGACUCACGGACGAGCGCUUCGGGCGCCUCCUCUGCUACUGCGGCGACGUCAAGCACCUCGAGGUGUGCGACGCCCCAGCUGCGGAGUUUGAAGGAAACUUCCUCUCCGACGAAGGUAUCGCCGCGAAGUUCGCCUCACUCGAAAGCUUGAAGCUCACGAACUGCUCCGGCGUGGACUGCACUUGCGUCGUCGAUCUCAUGGAGGCGAUCGAUAUGGCGGCUCGUCCCAAAGACAAACGUCUGAGAUGUUUACACCUCGCCGGGUGCGUCCUGGCGGAAAUGGAAUUCACCGACAUCGAGACCCUCAACGAGUGCCUUACGGCCGACCGAGACGACAUGUUUUACCUCGAACAGGGCGAAAAGAGCGUGCCCUCUGUGAUUCGCGUCCAGAACAAAGCCAACCUGGACCUCUGGUGGUCCGAAUGUGAACGCGUCGUUCCCACCUCUGAGGUGAAAAUCUGCAACAUCUGCAAGAGUGUUUUCUGCGACUCCUGCGCCGAAGGCAGUUUCUGCGACGGGUGUGGCGAAUUCAUUUGUAGCGAAUGCGACUUUGAUGAUCGCUUCGAAGUUUCUUGCCACGGCUGCGGCGACACGUUUUGCGAAGAAUGCAUCAUCUCUGAGGAAAAAAUCAACAUAUGCCGGGGAGGUACGUGUAGCGACAAGGAAGGCACUGACAAACGAUGCUUCAAAGCGUACUGCGAGCCCUGUCGGAAGAAGGAGAAGGUCUUCUACGGGAUGUGCGCCGAGUGCUUUGGCGUUUGGUGCUCCGAUUGCGCGUACGACAAAGACGGCCCAAACCUCAACGUGUGCUUCGGCCAAGGAGGAUGCUACAAACCGAUGUGUGGACCGUGCGCAGAGAAGACGAAUCAGUUCUACACCUUUUGCUUUGACUGCAACGAAGCUUGGUGCCCUGACUGUGACCCCGGCGUGGAAUUCUACCCCCACUUUUCCGACCUCGAUGGUCCGUUUCUCUGCCCUACCUGCGCAGAGACACAGUUCUCUGCGCGUGACUGA